AUGAAAUCCAUUAAAUAUCAGUAAUUCAGAGCAAGUACUCCUUCAAGCCCUAAAGGCCCUAGGACAUUAAACUCUUGCCGUGAGGCUAACAUUUUUUAAAACUAUGAUUUGCCUAUCCUCAGUGAUAGAUUCUUACUUAAUACCAGCAAGAAUUCUAAGAUAUCAUCAAAUAGCCCAAGAAAAAAUAGAAUCUUAUCACAAGUCUAAGCUGAAGCUGCUCCAAAUAUAAAAUAGUAAAAAAGAGAAAGAUCCCUUUCAAAUUAAGCCAAGUAAAUUUAUUAGGAGACCUAAGGAAGGAGUUUAUCAAAUAGUAAUUAUUAUGCACAAACUUCUCCUAACUCAGAAAGAAACGAAAUAUCUCUACCACUCAGAAUGGUUUAAGAUAAUAAGUGCUAUAAUUCGAGUAUAGUAUAUGGUUAUUCUUCUUUUCACUCUUCGCUCAAGUAAAAGAAGAAAUCAGUUCAAAAAUAAAAUUAUUUAAAUGACUAUUUCGAAAUAAAACAAAUAGAGCUACUUUAAAAACUUAAGUAGCAUGAGAGUCAUAAAAAAUAAAAAGAAAUUAACAAUUCACAUGAGUAAACCUAAUGUAAUAAGAAUAAAGGUUUUUUUGAAAUAUCAAUUUUUAAUUACUCUAAUUUGAAUAGAGGUGAGUUAGAUAACAUAAUUAAUCACAAAUAAGUAAAUUACAGAUAAAUAAAGUGA